CCUCCUCUGUACGGACUGAUGGCACAACCUCCGUGCAGGAACUGUCACAUCUCAUCUCCCCCAGGAUGGGUGACAUCUCCUGCUGCACUCUAUAGAGGAGAACUCACCCAACACCCAUGGAUUAUACUAUGGAAGACAACACCUCCCUGUGGAUCAAUGCUACCCUAGCAGAACACAUCCAUGGGGUGUAUUUUACAAUCAAAUGGAUCCAAGUGAUUACAGCUACACUAAGUAUUUUAGGUCCUGGCUCAAUAAUUGGUUAUGCAGUCUUUCAGAAUGUAGUAAAAUCUGCAGAGGUUCGGCCUCUCUUCUACCUUAGUCUUUCUGAUUUGCUCCUUGCAGCGUGUUGGCUCAUCGGAGCCGUUCUAUAUAGGAGAUCAUGUCAGCACGAUGUUGCAUGCUAUAACCUGCAGGCAGUGGGUCAGAUGUUCUAUAUAUCCACCUUUUUCCACACCUUAAACUAUACUUGGCAAAACUUCAGUAUCAUGAGAAGAAGGCUGGACAGUGAGUUAUAUAAGAUGUCAGAAAAAAAGUGCUGUUUUGGAAGAAUAACAACAGUUCUAUCCAGUGCUGUUCCUUUCUUGUUCACUCUGCCCACCCUGAGCAUUGGGAAUAGUCAUCAUUGCUACGAGAACAGCAGUCACAGCUGCUUGGUGUUGAAUGUUGGAUCCCAGAUAACAACAGACCCAGAGAGAUAUACUGACACUGUCUGUAAUGGCUUACACUUGUAUAGCACGGGUGUCUACCUGGCUACCUUCUGCCUUACAGUCAUCCCCAUACUGGUGAUCGCAGCAUGUUCGCAGACUGUUGUCCAAAGGCAUCUUGCAACAACAGCAGGCUUCAUCCAAGACCAACAGUGGGCAGUGAUUAAAGUAAUGAGCUGGCGCCUUCUGAUCUUCCCUGCCAUCUUCUUUCUCUGUUGCUUGCCAGCUGUUAUCCUAACUGUUUUAAAGCUGGCUGACUACAAAGGAACAAAUGCAUUAUAUAUAUUUCUUUAUUGCAUUCAGGCCAUUACAGCAGUCUCUCCCGGAUUUAUUAACUGCUUGGCAUACGGAUGGACGCAACACGUGCUACGGAGCUUAAAACAAAAAGGCUGUCGGGAUGUGGACACACAGACUCCUCUCCUGCGCUCACAGAAAAAACUGUAUGCCAGCAUGCACACCUCUUCCACUGACUUCAGACCAAACACAGUAUCAGCACUGUGAGGACUACAUUAGGCAAUGCUGAACAAUUAUAAUGGCGGCCUCUAACCUGUCCAUAAGGAUUUAAUGGGUUUCUGCCAUACUUGACAGACUUGAAAAGUGAACUGCACAGAAGCUAUAAGGAGAUAUCAGAAUGCCUAUUUGAAUAUACAUGCAAUCAUAAUCAUCACUGGGGACAUGGUCAUGGUCUGCUUAUAGAACAUUGUAGGCUUUCUUCCUUGUUUUAGUAUUCUGAAAGUUGUCAGCAAUUUGUUGAACAUGCGGGACAAUGAGUGUUGGUUGCCCAGCAGUGCAUUUUGGCCUUUCUUUAAUAGCUGAUGUCAAAGCAAUGAUGUGAUAUAAAACAUAACAACCAAUCAAAAAUCAGCUGUGAACAUUACACUUAACCUGGUAAAACUAGUAACUGAGUGGCUGUUAAAGGUUUCUAUAAUUUAUAUUUUCUGUAUAUAAUAGCACAUUUUUGUUAAUACAUAAGGGUAGUCAUAUGCAUGCUGUAUGUGACUAUAACAUUUAAUAUUUAUUUUUAUUACAGCCCUAGGAAACCUGUUCUGUGGCACAUUGCAUUUUAGACAUUAGGUCUUGGCACUGUCUACAGCAGUAACAUGUGUUACCUAUGUCCGACUCUGGUCUAAAAAACCUGAGCAUGCCAAUAUAAUUCUAUUGCACUUUUCUGCAUAUUAUAAUAGACUGAAACCUAAACUAAAUGAAGUGAGGCUGCUCUGCACUAUGACACCAUUGGAUUCCUUAUUUAGCAAUGUACAGUGGGGAAAAUAAUUAUUUGAUCCCCUGCAGAUUUUGUAAGUUUGCCUCACUGACAAAGAAAUGAAGG